AUGCCUCGUAGUGGAUUAUCAGCUGCAUCCUUUUCCCGCCCAGCGCAAUCCGGGGUACCCGGUGCUGUGGUUCGUUUCUACCAGCGAUCGUUUCCAGCGGUUGACUAUCUGGCACUAGGAUGCAUUGUAGGAGGUUGGAUCUUGAUCCAGCUUUUUGUGACCCCAUUUCAUCGUCUGUUUUCCCUUGACAACAAGGCCAUUCAAUAUCCCUUUGCUGUAGUGGAAAGAGUUCCCGUUGUAUGGUCCAUUAUAUACGCUGGGGUUAUUCCGUUUGCAUUACUGCUCUUGUGGGCUGCCACGUUCCGACCGAAGCCCUAUAAAGUCCAAGUAACUAUACUUGGUUUCUUAGUGGCCUUGAUGUUGACUUCGCUGCUCACGGAUAUAAUCAAGAACGCGGUGGGACGACCUCGCCCCGACUUGAUCUCACGAUGUAUCCCCAAGAAGGGCACCCCUGAAAACAAGCUGGUCGCCUGGACCGUAUGCACCCAGACGAGUCAACAUAUUCUUCAAGAAGGAUGGAGAAGCUUUCCAAGUGGCCACAGCAGCUUCUCUUUCAGCGGGCUAGGAUAUCUGUCCUUCUUCUUUUCCGGUCAGAUGCAUGUGUUCAGACCGAGGACCGACCUUUGCCGCUGCCUUGUGGCUCUUUUGCCUUUUCUCUGCGCAUUGAUGAUUGCUAUUUCACGUCUCGAUGAUUAUAGACAUGAUGUAUAUGAUGUCACAUGUGGCUCUAUCCUAGGUACUGCGGUUGCCUACUUCUCGUACCGGCGCUACUAUCCCUCUCUGCGGUCCGUUAUCUGCGACAUGCCCUACGACAAAGCAGGAAUCACCGGUGAAGAGGGAUUCUACAAACUUGCCAGUGACGAGGAACAACAGGUACAGAGACCUGGGGUUUCUUCCCGUCAGUGGGGAGCCGAGGAGGAGGUUUAUCAACUUAGUGAAGCUUCAUCAUCGCCACGUCGAGUGUAA